AUGUUCGACGGCAAGAUUGGUAUGUGGCCGGCGGUCAAGUACCUUCCAGCGGCUCGUUCGUCUCGCAACCGACCUGCUGGCACGAUAGUGACGACUUUGGCCAACGUUGACGCUACCUUGUACCGCGACUACGUCGUCACGCGUGUUAUUUCCGCUAUCAUGGAGAAGUUUCCGAAUACUCACAAGCAUAUCAUUCUCAAGCAGGACAACGCGACGCCCCAUGCUGCCAUCACAGACAAAGUCAUGGCGCAUGUAUCGACGACGGAUGGCACAUCGUUCUUUGCCGCCAGCCACCUAACAGCUCAGAUUUAA